AUGUCCACUGAGUCCAUGAUGCCAUCCAACCAUCUCGUCGUCUGUCAUCCCCUUCUUCUCCUGCCCUCAAUCUUUCCUAGCAUCAGGGUCUUUUCCAAUGAGUCAGCUCUUCGCAUCAGGUGGCCAAAGUACUGGAGCUUCAGCUUUAGCAUCAGUCCUUCCAAUGAAUAUUUAGGACUGAUUUCCUUUAAUAUUGACUGGUUGGAUCUCCUUGCAGUCCAAGGGACUCUCAAGAGUCUUCUCCAACACCACAGUUCAAAAGCAUUAAUUCUUGGGUGUUCAGCCUUCUAUAUGGUCCAACUCUCACAUCCAUACAUGACUACUGAAAAAACUACUGGGACUUUGUUGGUAAAGUAA